GCCACAAAAUAAAUAAAAAAAGGGAAAAUCUGGGCUCGCUCUGCAUGCCUUUUGAGUAUUUGACCGAAUCGAGAACGGCGAAUCGCUUGGUGGUUCACUCUAGCUUCUUCGGAGCUCCAAUCUUGAUUUCUUUUUCGGUGCGCUUUGAUCGACUCUAAGACGCACGUUUCAGUUCAGUGUUUUUUUAACUACUGGGUUGGUGCGCUUGACGUGAACAAGGAGCUUUUGGAGCUUCGCAGAGCAGGGUUUCAGCUCAGUCUACAUCUGGGGAUUGGGAAUUCUGUGAAGCUAAGAUUUUGACACGGGACUUUUGAAAUCUCGAAGUUGGGUUUACAUGUCAAGCUGGAUGGAGUCCUUGAAGCAUCGAGGUGUACGAAUUUGGUUAAAAAUUGAAGCUUCAGGACUUAAUUGUGUUUGCAGCUAAAUUCUGGAAUUGGGAUGGGUUGUGGGUGUUCCAAGCUCGCGGUGUGUUGUUUGGGUUCAGAACAUGACGGGCCAGUAGCUGAGACCCACGGCAUUGAAAAUGAGGGGAAGAGUGAAGUUGGUGAUUUGCCCGCAUUUAUUGAAUACACUAUUGAUCAACUUAGAGACGCUACGUCUGGGUUUUCGGUGGAGAAUAUAGUUUCUGAACAUGGAGAAAAGGCUCCAAAUGUGGUCUACAAAGGGAAGCUUGAAAAUCAAAUGCGGAUUGCCGUUAAAAGGUUCAAUAGAUCAGCUUGGCCUGAUGCCCGGCAAUUUUUGGAAGAAGCCAGGACUGUCGGUCAACUCCGGAACCAUAGGCUGGCAAAUCUACUUGGUUGUUGCUUUGAAGGUGAUGAGAGGUUACUUGUUGCAGAAUACAUGCCCAAUGAUACAUUAGCAAAGCACUUAUUUCAUUGGGAAACACAACCUAUGAAAUGGGCAAUGCGAUUAAGGGUUGCUUUGCAUCUUGCGCAAGCUCUAGAAUAUUGUACCAGCAAAGGACGUGCUCUUUAUCAUGAUCUGAAUGCUUAUAGAAUCGUGUUUGAUGAUGACGGUAACCCAAGACUUUCAUGCUUUGGUUUGAUGAAAAACAGUAGAGAUGGGAAAAGUUACAGUACAAACCUCGCAUUUACUCCUCCUGAGUAUUUGCGGACAGGAAGAGUUACACCUGAAAGUGUAACGUAUAGCUUUGGCACUCUUUUGCUUGAUCUUCUCAGUGGAAAGCAUAUACCUCCGAGUCAGGCACUUGACCUAAUACGGGAUAGGAAUCUUCAAACACUUACUGAUUCUUGUUUGGAAGGACAAUUUUCAAAUGAUGAGGGUACUGAAUUGGUACGUUUAGCUUCAAGAUGUUUACAGUAUGAGCCCCGCGAGCGUCCAAAUCCAAAGUCCUUAGUUGCUGCUUUGAUUCCUCUUCAGAAGGACUCUGAGGUCCCAUCUCAUGUAUUGAUGGGCGUACCCCAUGGUGCUGAAUCUUUCCCUCUAUCGCCACUUGGUGAAGCUUGCCAAAGAAUGGAUUUGACCGCCAUACAUGAGAUCUUGGAAAAGAUUGGGUAUAAGGAUGAUGAAGGUGCUGCAACUGAGCUCUCAUUCCAGAUGUGGACCAACGAUAUGCAGGAAACAUUGAACUCAAAAAAGAAGGGCGAUGUUGCUUUUCGGCAUAAAGAUCUCAGAGCUGCAAUUGAAUGCUACACCCAGUUCAUUGAAGUUGGAACCAUGCUUUCCCCGACGGUUUUUGCACGCCGUAGUCUAUGCUAUCUCAUGAGUGAUAUGCCACAGGAAGCUCUUAAUGAUGCAUUGCAAGUCCAAAUAAUAUCUCCCGUCUGGCAUUUUGCCUCUUAUUUACAAGCUACUGCUCUUUUUGCACUGGAAAAGGAGAAUGAAGCACGAGUAGCGCUCAAAGAGGGUUCUGUCCUUGAAACUAAAAAGAAUGCAACUGCUUGACGUUAAUGAAAGUCUCUUUUCUGUCUGUUGAAUCACUUUUCUUGAAGACGAGCACCAGAGAGCAGACACGAACAUUUCACUUUCUGGACAAUGACACAAGAUUUUAACAACCUGAAGCAAACAUUAAGGUUUGGAAGGAGAGAAAUGGUUCCUAUCAAUUGUUUGCAUGUCUGGUUCGUCACCAGCAUCUUGGAACCUUCGUUUGCCACAUUAUUAGAUCAGUUGGUUUAGUGAGUUUGCUAGGAGUUAUUGGCCAUCCAUGUUUUUGUAAUCACAACUUGGCUCAUUUACGUUUCUGACUUUUAAAAUACAAAGAACUUGGGAAAUAAUUAAGAUGAUAUGAAACAAAUCAUAUGCUUGUAAAGGAUUCAACUGUUGAUUUGGAUUCAAAGGAAAGGGAGAAUAGGAGAUGCGUAAUGCUUGUAAUUUAUGUACAGCCCAAUUGGCAUGGCUGUUCACGUUGGCUAAACACCUGUUUUUGUAUUCUAUAAUUUUUUCCCUUUCAAUAAAAUUUAUUGCCCUA